GCACUCUAGAGAUGGCGCUGAUUUCACAAUUUUUAAUCUGUCUUUAUUCAUUAUUCGCUUUCCUUGUUUAUUAUAUUCUGCGAAUUCAAAAGAUUAUCUAUGUUAUAUCUUGUUCGUGGUACAAAUAUGUUUGGCAUGGUGUCUACAUAUCUUUUUUUGAAACUAUAGAAAAAAAUAUAAAAACAAUUGAAUUAAUUAUUGGAAAAUUUUCACAAUACAGUGAUUAUAUUAAUAUUAUAAAUUAAUUAUAACUUUAAAAAUUUAAAUAAAAUGUCUAUGCUUGCGGAACCUCGUAGAAAACAAAAAUGGUCACUUAAUCCUCGAGGAAAAGAAUGGAGCGAAGAUUCGAACAAAUUUGGACAGAAAAUGCUAGAAAAGAUGGGUUGGACAAAUGGUAAAGGACUUGGAGCAAACGAACAGGGUAUAACAGAGCAUGUUCGUGUAUCGUUUAAAAAUGAUACAGCAGGCAUUGGAUUUAAAAAAGAUAGUAUUAAUGAAGCAUGGACAGAACACCAAGAUAAUUUUAAUGAUUUUUUACAAAAACUUCAACAGAAUGAAAUUAACAAUGCGCAAACAGAAGAAAAUAAAAAUGUAUUAAGUGGAAAAUCGUUAGAAUUGAAAUCCAAACAAAGUCGUGCUCGUGUUCACUAUCAAAAAUUUACAAGAGGAAAAGAUAUAAAUAAAUAUAGUGCAAAAGAUUUAGCAAAUAUAUUUGGUCAAAAAGAACUAAAUAUAAAUAAUAAUAACAAUAAGGACGAUAAUAGUUCAAUUGGUAUUCAGGAAAAUAGAAAUGGUGUUAUAACUAUAAAUGGUGGUAAUAUGACUGAAUAUUUCAUGAAAAAAGGUCAAGAUUUUUCUUUGAUGCAAAAUAAACAUAAAAAACAUCAGAAGAAUAAGGAAGAAUCUGAAUAUCCUGGAUUCGGAUUUGAUUCUGCACUUAAAAAAGUACAAUCUCAUGAAAGUAAAGAAAUACAAAAUGAUUGCAAUUAUGUUUUUGAUAAUCCUUGUAUACAAUUAAAUUCUGAAAAUAUUUCAAAUUUUAAUAAUGAAAUUGAAUUUUCUAAGAAAAGAAAAUCUAAUAACAUUGAAUUAAACUUAAGCAACAAAGUUAAAAAAUUUAAAGAAAAUAAUAUAAAUGAGAAAAUAUGUGCAAAUGGUAUAGUGAAUGCUGGUUUAAAUUUAGAAUAUCAAGAUAAUGAAAUACAUAAUGGAAAAGAAUUUGAAGUAUCUAGAGUACAAUUUGGUGUUACAAAUUCAGCUUUAGAUUUGAGUGAUGAAGUAAAUAAGAAAAGAGUAACAUUUAAUGAUCACGUAGAGUAUAGUACAGAUUGUAUAAAAAAGAAAAAAAAUAGAACUACAUUAGAUAAGUUCGAAGUUGAAAAUAAAAAAGUUAAAAAAAAGAAAAAACAUGUUAUUAUUGAUAAUUCAAUAUUAUCUGGUUUUGUCAAUGAAGCUUUAGAUGUUGCAGAAACAACCGAAGAAGUACAUGAUAAUGAAAUUAAUGAACGUAAAAGUAAAAAAUCUAAAAAACGAAAUCGUCAAUCGAAUUUAGAAACAAUAGUGGAAAUAUCAGAGGAAGAAAAGGCAUGCGAAGAUGAGAUAAAGAUUAAACAUAUUAAAAUAAAAGAUAAUACACUUGAUAACUCUAUAGAUGUUCUGAGUAAGAAAAAGAAAAAGAAAAAAGAUAAAGAGAAAAUAGAAAUUCAUGUUGAGAAUAAAUAUGAUGAAAAAAUAGAAAAAAAAAUAAUUUCAGAAAUAAAUACACUUGAAAAAGAAUGUGAAAUUCAUGAAGAUCAAAAAGAUACUAUUAAAAAAAAAAAGAAAAAAACAAAAGAUAAAGUCAAAAGCAUUGAACCAAAUAUAGAAAAAGAGGAAAAUACUAAUCCUAUAAUUAAAUCUGAAGCUAAAAGUUUGGAAAAUAUAGAAAAAAAAAAUAUAAAAUUAGAAACUAUACAAGUAAAAAACAAGAAACUUAAAGAAGAUGAUGCUAUAAAUAAUCCUAAAAUGAUAAAGAAAGACCAAAAAAAAAUUGCUAAUAAAGAAAAUACAGAAAAUACAGAAAACACGAAUGAAAAUGAAACAAAUAAAUCAGAAAAGAAAAAACAUAAAAAAUUAGUAAACGAAUAUGUAGAUAAUAAAAAUUUCAAUAGUAUAGAAUUUGAAAAAAAAACUGUAGAACAAAGAAAUGUAAUACAUAAUAAAAAUACACAAUCAAAAACAUUUAAUAAUAGAACAUUUAAUACUUCAUCUAGUCCUUGGAAUCAAAAAGCUAAAAUGUCAAAAAGACUAUUAAUAUCUUUAUUUAAUAAAAACUCCACUGUAGAUUUUCCAGGAUCUAAUAUGCAUGAUAUAAAAGGUUACGGUGCUGAUAUACACUGAAAUAUAAAGAAAUAAGUGUAU